UUUUUCUUAUUGCCUCAUUUCUUUAUUCUUCUUUGCGACACUUACACCAAAACAUUUUUGAGAUUGCCUUCAUUCCGUUUGUUUCUCUUUUUUUUAGUAUUUUAUUUCUUUUAUUAUUAGAAUUACAGAAAAAGUGUACUAAUUUUAUUCAAUUCAAAAAAGUCAUGACCCACAAAGCUGAUAUCCAAACUACUUCUACUGUUCAUCCCGUUGUGCCGCCUCAUAGCCCUAUUUACAUCAAAGCCAUGGAAGCCAGAAGCUAUAUUAUCGGUCAACUCCCAGAAGAAUUGAGCAAACCACGUCUCGCAAUCAUCUGUGGUAGUGGUUUAGGCACUUUGGCAGCUGAUUUAUCGGAGCCCAAAUACGAAAUUGCUUAUCAUGAUAUACCUCACUUUCACGUCUCUCGCGUCGCUGGACAUGCCUCCAAAUUAAUUUUUGCUUACAUGGGUGAAAAUCGCAUACCUACAAUGAUAUUGUGUGGACGCUAUCACUCAUAUGAAGGAUACACUAUGGAGGUCGCUACUUUUCCUGUGCGUGUUAUGAAGGUUAUGGGAGUUGAAACAAUGAUUGUCACUAAUGCCUGUGGUGGUAUCAAUCAAAAUUUCAAUGUUGGCGAUUUAAUGAUUUUGAAGGACCAUAUUGAUUUCCCUGGCCUUGCUGGAAACCACUCACUGAAAGGACCCAAUCCUGAUGAGUUUGGUACUCGAUUUCCCGCCCUUUCGGACGCCUAUGAUCUCCGUCUUCGCAAACUUGUUUACGAUGCCGUCAAGACUCAUUCUAUUGAACGUCCUAUCCACGAAGGUACCUACUGCUUCGUCUCCGGCCCGAGCUUCGAAACCCGUGCAGAGUGCCGUAUGCUCUCUAUGCUGGGCGCUGAUGCUGUUGGCAUGUCUACAGUUCCAGAAGUGAUUGUAGCUCGUCAUUGCGGUAUCCAUGUAUUAGCGAUCUCUCUCAUUACUAACAAAGCUGUGAUACAAGAAAGUCCGUCCGCCAAAGACGCCGUGGAUACUAGCUCCGAAAUUAUGUCAAAGGGUGCUGCUAAUCAUCUUGAAGUUUUGGAAGUUGGCAUUGCCGCCGCGAACGAUAUUCGAAAAAUUGUUGAAACUCUCGUUGAUGAUCUUUAAAUCAUCGGAAUUGUUCAAUUCAGUCCGUACUUUAUUAAUUCUGAAACUUGUCGCUAUUUUAUUUGCAACAUGUUUCAUAUCUUCAAGUUAUGCUUGGUAGUAUUGUAAUAUUUAAUGUCUCCCUUUGCUCAUUAUCCAUGACCUUCUUUCUUUGGAUUCUUCCAUAGCUAUAGGGAUCUUGUUUUUAUAGCUUUUUUAUGGUCCAUCUGAAAUAAGUCUUUUCUUUGUUGCUUUCAAUAGAGAAUAAAAUCCGUUCUAUUUUCCUCAA